AUGGGCUCCUUUUCCCCCGAUCCGCCCAAGCCCUGGGUCGAGACGCCCCUCGUCUUCUCACCACCCAUAUCUCGCGCAGCAGGAUGCAACAUCUUUCUGAAGCUGGAGAACUGCCAACCAUCAGGCUCCUUCAAGUCUCGCGGCAUUGGGAACAUGAUGUCCAUAGCCCUGACCUCGCUAUGCCAAGCCGGUUCUCCCUCACAGCUGCCACCAAGGGUACAUUUCUACUGCUCGUCGGGCGGCAACGCCGGCCUGGCCUGCGCAACCACAGCCAUCGCCCUCGGCAACAGCCCGGUCACCAUUGUCGUGCCCACCAGCGCGUCCGAGUUUAUGGUGUCCAAGCUGCGCGACCUGGGCGCCGAGGUAAUCCAGACGGGCGCCACUUGGGCCGAGGCCGACGCCUACCUGCGCGAGACCUUCCUCAAGACCACCACCAAUACCGAAGAAGAUGAGAGGCGCGUCUAUGUCCCGCCCUUUGACCACCCAGACAUCUGGUCCGGCGUGGCAACGCUCGUCGGCGAGAUUGUCCGCCAGCUCCCACACGGCAACAGCGGCGACGGCCAGCCGGUGACUCUGGACGGUGUGGUGUGCAACGUCGGGGGAGGCGGCUUGCUGAACGGGGUUAUGGAAGGGCUGGAGCGGAACGCCAAACUACUCGCGCCCUCCAAACCCAAGGUGCUCGCCGUCGAGACGGUCGGCGCCGACAGUCUGUUCGCCAGCGUUCAGGCCGGGCGCCUGCUCACGCUGCCCGGCAUCACCUCCGUCGCCCUGUCGCUUGGCGCCACCCGGGUAUCGGCCAAGACGUGGGAGUGGGCCACGAGUGCUAAGGGGAACCUCAUCAGCGCCACCGUGACAGACAAGGAGGCCGUCAUGGGGUGCGCGCGGUUUUUGGACGAUGCCAGGAUGCUGAUCGAGGUGGCCUGUGGUGCGACGGUGGCCAUGGCCUAUAACGGGGGUUUAAGGAGGCAUUUGGGCGAGGGAUUGACGGAUGAGGAGUGGGCGAAGAAGAAUGUCGUUUUGGUGGUUUGCGGGGGGUCGAAUGUCAGCUGGGAGAUUCUGAACAAGCAAAAGAAGGCGUUUGGGAUAGAGUAG